UUGACGUAGAAAAUGACUCUCAGGGGGUUCUCGACGGAGGAGCUCCUUAAAAAGUUGAUGGAAGAAGGCAUUGAUGUGUCAGACGACGAGGCGCAAAGGUUUAGAGGAUUCGAGCUUUGUGGGGGAAGAUGCAGCCUCAGUUGAUGCUCAUAUCAAGGUGCUAAAUGAUCAGCACAAGAAGCUACAUCCUGACACAGCACUGGUGAAAGACCGCAUCACAAAAACCUUUGCAUGGAGACAUCGAGAGGUAGCUCAAGGAAUGUGUACUGUGGACCUAUUAAAGAGAGAUCCAUUCCUGGGGACAUCUGCAGGGUUGUGUGAUGAGGUUGAUUUAAUGCAUCCCUGCCAAGACAACAUCUGUCGCCGCUUUAGCGAAAACUUCACUGCUGUUCUUCAAAAUGUUCUUCAAAUGACCAAGGAUUUGCCACUGAAGAAGGUCUACAUGGAAGCAAGAGAGAAUGCACUGGCUGAAGACAUUACAGGAAUUGACUUCAAGGGGGCACUUCUCUUGCCAUCCAUCUUCAAGGAGAAGAUAGAAGAUUUCAUCAUCGUUGGAGAGAAUACUCCCACGAGUCCAUACCCAACCAUUCGAAUGAAAGAUAAGAGUUGGACAACUGCCCUCUCAAGACAGUGUUGCUGUGUUGUGACAGUUGAAGGAGUGGAUGUUUGCUUGUGCCGCUCGCUGGAUGAGGCCUACAUCUCAGCAUUCUCCACCUUCUUCGUGUUCAACAUGACCUACCCUGCAUACUUCAAGAAAACACUUGUCUUUCUUCAGAACUGCAUUGUCAACAUAGGAGACAAGGGAGACAAACCCCUGCCAGUAAGUGUCACCAGGGUACUUGACCAACUCUAUUAAA